CUGUAACUUUUCAGAUAAAUACAUACACUAAAGACGUUUUUUGAACCGAAUGGGAAGUCCAAAUAAAUAGAUAAGUAUUUACUUGGAAAACCUGCGUAUUUACUUUUGUGUUGUUCUUACAUAGUUAAGUUUACGUUUUAAUUUAUCUACCUUUGAAAUAAAAAAUUGUGAAUCUAUUUGUUUAACAUAUUUGCAAGUUUAUGCUUAAGACAUUUAAAUUAAAAACACUUCAGUGUGAGGCCGCACAAAUUGUAGAGUUACGUAUGUAGGUACGUAAUAAUGGAUUUCUCAAGAUUUGAAUUGAUUUUGAUAUCCAUCAUUAGCACAAAUAUUGGAGGUGAUCAGUAUUCUACUAGAAGUGGUCAUACCGCAAUUGUGGAUUUCAUACGAUCUGCGGUUGGAGGAGUCCAUACAAGUCAUAUCAAUGAAUCAAUUACGGAUUAUCUGUGCAGCACUGAUAACUAUUCGUCAAACAAUACCAAAAAUUAUAGACAAACUGCAUUUGAUAUAACUUCCCUUGAUCUCGAAUCAGCGAAUACGACUAAAAUUUCAGCACAAACUUUGUCCCGAUGCGUAUCGUACGAACGGGACUGUUCUUUCUACUCGCGUUGUCUUGAGAAGGCCAUUCCGUGCGGAGCACAGGGUUACGCGACCGGCUAUGGGGAAAAAUAUUGCAUUAUAUUUACUAAAAAUGUGUCAAAAUUUACCCGAAAAGGACAAAUUUGGAUUUGGAGCACAAUGUCCUGCUUGCAAAGGGCCCUUGAACCAAUCGCCAAUCGUGACGUUUCCAUGAAUUGCAGUAAAAUUGCGGAAGUUGCGCACAGGUCGCAUCCAAUUUGUUAUGUCGUGUCAACCCCAGGCGGGGUAUGUCUACUUCCCUUCGCAGAUUGGGCUGAACUCUUCAGAAUUGUGAAGAUUGACACUUUUGCGUUAAAACAGUUAGCCAUUAUUACUAAAUUUUGUGGAAAUGUGUAUUAUGGGCAGAUUCUGGCUGCUAUGAAAACUUUGUAUGGCCAAUUGGGUUUCAUUGUUUAACUUGACUUUAGUAAGACGUACAUACAUUGUUCGGUAGCAUUAUAAGUAAAUGACACUAAAAAUCAAUAAAUUGGGAAAUGUAUAUUUUUAAAUUUCCCUAUAAUGUUGGAAAAUUGUUAUUCAAUUAUUAUUUAAGUAUUAACCUAAUCAAUCAAACAAUCAAUCAAUUAAUGGAGCUGGGAUGUGCAGACAAAUUGUAUCUUACAUCUAAUACCAGCACUUCCUGUACAUUAGAUACAUACUAAAAAUCAUUUUAGCGAUAGAACCGCCUUUUAGCUUCACCAGAAUUUAUCCACAAAAUCUUAGAUCGAAAAUUAAAUUAAAGAGAUCUUAGAUUUGUGCUACGA